ACCUUGCUGCCAUUCUGAAUACCUCCCUUGGACGCGCUACCAUCGAGAGCUGUGGAACGGGCCCUGACUUUCCAAGCCAUGCCGAAGUGUACGAGCACGCUCGGAACCUUCAACCCGCUCUCCCUGAUCAUCUUCCUAUUUAUGCAAUAUACUGUUAUCAUGAUCCGAUGGUGUUGAGCCCAACUUCCAUGGCCACAAGUUCAGCAGAUCCCGCACUGGCAGUCCCUCUGGGUGCGCUUCGACUGGGCAGUAACACUGAACCUAGCCUGGCACAACCACUGAUUGCCUCGUUCCCCGUGUCCGAUGCGGAUGGGACCACCAGCCACGCUCAGCCACAGCCAGUGUCAGCGGAGGAUGCGGAUGCCAUACUCCUGCAACAAUACAUCGAGCAGCACUUCACUGCGGAGUCGGGCGUUAUCCGUGAUAUUCAAAGUCGCCAGGAACAACUUCAGGGCCAUGCUCGGCCGGGGCGGUCACACACUGCGAGGAACCGACGACUACCACUGAACCUGUGGUUGUUCCGGUUCCGAAUGCUCAAGACGAUCUUCUCACAUUUUGGAAUACCUGUGAACAGCCCUCUAGGCACCGUGGAGUCACGCGUACCAGGAUCCACACCUCAGUUGGUGGGAUCCAGAGUUCAAGGGAAAACCGCUCGUGUGACGUAUCAAGAGAUCUUCAACUGGGCAGGAGUAGAGGCGAACACUGCUGCCAACAUUCGCCCCAUCUACCUGCAUCUCGAAGCUGCGUAUCGCGCGAACCAUCCUUGAACCGCGCAGAUGUCUUUGCCACCCUACCGGAGGGACCGAAGCAGCUGAUCAAGCUUGCUGGCGCCAUCAUUGAGGGGCCGUACUUCAGUGGGAUUGAG